AUGAGGCCUUACGAAAAGCAAAUUCUGGAAAAAAGGCUGAAAGAGUUUCAGUACGAAGUGAUACCUAACGAACUGCUCCCUUUUCUGCCUUGCCUAAUACCAGAGGAUAAAGAAGAAAUUAAGGCAAAUCAGACGAACCAUGGAGCUAUAAGGGCAACUGAGGUCCUUGUAGAUCGACUUAAACGAAGACAUGAAGGCUUUCAAAACUUUGUACAGGCUUUAAGAAAAUGUGGCAGCGAACACACUGCGCUUCUCUUGGACCCGAACUAUGACUACAGAGGCAAGUAAUUUAAGACUCUCAUAAUUCUUCAAAUCUGAUGUAUAUAAAAGUUAUUUCGUAUCUUUUCUCCUUAUACAAUUACUGAGGAAAAGAGUUGAUUGUGCAAGGUAUUCGGCCCUUAUUAAGAAACUGAAAGUCCUAAGGGGAAAGACGUGUAUAUGGGGGAUGCCCUCUCUGUCCCCUUUAUAGUCUCUUGGCUUAGAUUAAUUGUCAUGUCCACAAACUUGGAAUAUAGAGCAAGAGAAAGACAGAGAAAAAGAGAAAAAGCAGCAUGCCAGCGAAACUCAACGAGAAAAAGGGCGAUAGAGAUCUAGAGCGAGAGACAAAAAACAAAGGAGACAUUUUUUGUUGGAAGAACAACAUGAAAAUUUGGUAGCGGCAGUGAAAAAAAGUGAACAAGAACACUUACGACAUUUUCUCCAUAAAAAAGUUUCUCGAAGUUUCACGUUUUAGUCGUGCAAAACAACGGCAAAGAAAUGUACAAAAAAAGUGUGCUUCCCGUGCAAAAUUGCUUUUUUGCUAAUUAGACCUACUGUCAUUUUUUCACCGUUCUCCGGCAGGGCGGAUAAAGGUUGGGCGGUGAAACGAGCGCUCCGCUCUUCAUUUAAUGUGUGAAGCGGAGUAGGACUGGCACGAGCGCUCUUUCCCCGCUUCCAGUGCCCUUGAAGGCCGGCGAAAUUUUUCUUUUUGCAAACCGGAAAUCCUAUUUUCUUUCUGUAAUUUCAGGCUACAAUGUUAAAUAGAUAAAUUCCUUUCAUAAAAAUAUCAAUAAACAGUUUCAUAUGUUUGUGUUUGUUUGCCUAUAAGUCAAACUUGUUGGUCGUACGAUGCCAAAACUUGAGUUUAAUUUGAAAGUGUUGAAUACCUCCUCCUUCCACUAAUUAUCACCUAAUCGUCUUUCGCCGUUUCGUUUGCAAAAGCUUAACACUUCUUAACCUAAAUUUUUACAUAUGUUAAAGGGAGAUAAAUUUUAGAGAACAUAACAAAAAAUUAGAUUGAUAUAUUUUGAUAUAGUGGCGUUGUACUGCUUCAAACUAUGCUUCUCGGGUGCAACGCGCCAUGGCGAUUCGCGCAAUGCGUCGCAAAUCCGGCAACCGCAUGUAAACAAAAUGUAUUGAGGUUAGUUGUAAGGUUUUUUCUCCGUUUUUCUCUCUAAAACAAAACAAGGUAAACAAUAAAAACUGAGGGGAAACUAAUUUUGAAGUUUUGAAGAAACAGAAAGACGUAUGAGAUGUUUUUUUCAAAAUUAAAAAGAAGGAUGAUGGUGAUUGGAAUUAGCAUAAUUUCACCUUGCACGAGCUGCACGCACUUAUAAAAUACACGUUAUCUAGUUAUGAAACCGAUCUGCUGUCUUUUAGUUUUGCCAUGGAUGACAUGGAUGAGAUUUUCCUUCGUUUUUUAGACAGUACUUAGUUGUUUUUGUUUUGGAAUGACAUCGACAUUGGCGAGUAGUAGAACGAAAAUAGAAUUCAGUGGUAGAGUCAUGGAAGUAAUAAAAGAAACCCUUUGUCUACUCCAACUAAACCUCCCGCAAAAAAUAGCAACAUUUGCCUCUCGGAAACAGCGUACCAGCACAAAGGAACGAGGAAGAAAUGCAUAAAAAAAAAAAAAAAAAUCAAGCCGCCAUAAUUCAGUGACAGCGGCAGUGUCUAAUGGACAAACCACAUCGCAAGCCCUGACCGAAGUCGAAAACAAGCGACAUUCCGCUCUGUUCUCCCGGCGUUGCCUUAGCCGCUUAGCAUUACACGAUUUUAAUUUUGUUUGAACAAACUAUAAAUAUUACCUUCGCUUUUAGCCCUGGCUAAAUCUAUAUAUUAAUGAAGUUAUGUUAUGAAAUUUAUUUCACGCAGAUGAUAAUGACGAUGAACAAACCGCUGACCCUGAUGGAUCCGGCCUCCAUUUUAAACUGAUCGGGACAGCUAUUGGUUGGUUUCCUUGUUCUUUUUUGUUUGUUUGUUUGUUUAUCUGUCUGUCCGUUUGUUUUAGUCCUGUUUUAGUCCUUUUUUCAUUAAUUUCAGCAUUAUUGGCCCGAAUACAGUACCAAUUUUCAGCAUUGUUGGCCCAAAUACAGUAUCAAAACUACCGUUAUAAAAACAAUUCUAUUUCCGCCUCAUUGGUUUGCUGAAAACAAAGCGGGGUAUCUUUUUAUUUAUUUAUUUAUUUAUUAUUAUUAUUAUUAUUAUUAUUAUUAUUAUUAUUAUCAUAACUAUAACAAAAUUCCCAAAUCUGAUUGGUUAUCAACUGCCCUGAUUCCAGCCUUAAUUGGACAGUUUAAUAGGACAGUACGCGUCAUCACGCGCGCGCUUAAAUGGCUUUUUUUUUUCACUGCUAGCAAAACAAAAUUUCGAAUUUCUUGUGUUUUGAUUUAAAAAAUAGCCUAUUAUAUCACAAAUUUUGUUAAAGUAAUGAUUAAUUGGUAACAGAUCUUCGUGUCGUCCAAUUCGAUCUGUAAUCAUACUCGUGAUUAAACAAAUCGGACUCCCGCUACGCGGUCGUCCGAUUUUGUUAAUCACUCGUAUGAUUACAGACCAAAUUGGACUCCACUCAGUUCGAGGUUGUCCGCUAUAGUUAGCCAGUGAUUCCAUUUGCUUUUAUCGAAAUGGAUGGAUGAACAUUGAUUGCUUUUUUGAUAUUCAAAUCAUUUCCAGUGACAUACAAAUCAGGUCAAAGAGAAAGUAAAAUCAACUAUUACAGCUGAUUCUUAAGUCGCGGCACAAGCCGAUUAAUAAAAUGGAUUUACAAAGAGAUAGAGCGGUUUUCACUUGACUGUCGAAAGGGAUUGGUUUUGGUUUUGGUUUUGGUUUUACUAUGCCCUUUGGUUGGCUAGUGUAUUUACUUUGGUUUUGGUUUUACGACAGUCAAGUGAAAACCGCUCUAUACGAAUUGCUCUUAAUUACUGAAUAGAAAACAACAACCUCAUAACAGCCUGCAAACCACUAAGCUGAAACUUACCUCAUGGGCCCCUUUCAAACGUUAGAUUUCUGAUAUGAGUGCCGAACACCUAUUUCAGUCGAUGAAAGUAAUUAAAUUCGGCAGUUGAUGAACACGUCAGAUAUGAUGGUGCCGAAUUUAACUCCGUUUGUUGAACAGGGGUCUUUUUUGCAUGAGAAUGCGCGACCGCUGAACAAGUGAUGUGCAUGCAUAGAGGCUCUGACAUGGUCUGCCUUCAUCAAAAUGGCGUGUCUCAAAGCUGUCAUCGCGAUUAUUUUGCUUGUUGGUCUUGGAGAACGUGCUCGUGAUUUAACAAAAUGUGUAGUUUGCAAAAAAAGAAACUCUAACAUUGUCUCAAAAGCGAAGUAGACCGGUUUUAACAUAUACCACGAGCUACUAUCAAAUUUCAUCUCCAGACUUGACCUGGUCAACAGCGCGCGUUAAUGUAGUGCUUGUAGGAUUGCACUGACCUCAUCAAAGUCUAACUGACAAAGUGCCGUAACGUUUGUUGAUGUAAGAAACAGUUUCAAUUUUCUUUGUUUUGAAAAGGGAAAGGAACACACACAAAAAAAACAUAGCAAAUUUGAGCGUGUGGGUUCGAAGGUGCGCAAAAGCCGGUAUUCAGUUCAGCAGGGAAUUAAUAUAUCAUCUACAAUUUUCCCAGCACAUUAAAGCAAAAAAAUUGAGAGCAAACGAGACGUAGAUUAGUCACCUGGUGAAAUGUCGGUGGUAGUUACUGAGCCUAAUUUGCAUAAAAUCUUAUAAUGAUCAUAACCUUGCGAAAAUUUACCAGAACCCAUCAAAAUUUAGCAACGUCUAAGAUAUUGGUAAACUUAAUUUUCCUGUUACUCAAGAAACCAUAUUUUUGCGUCACGUGACCAGUUAAGGUCAACUCCAGGAAAGACGAGAAAACUAAAAAUGGGGUGGCGAGAUGCCAUACAGUAGAUAUUAAAUACAUUAUUUUUGUUAUUCUGUAAUGGUUCCUAGCAUGAAUCUGGCCGGAAUGGUUGUCUCCAAUUUUUAUUUAAUUAACAAUUAAGCAAAAUAGGAUCUUUUGAAGAAAAUAAAAAUUCUUUCCGUUCCGUUCCAUUCCUACCCCAUUUAGCAUUUUCUUUUGAAUAGCAUUAUGACGUCACGUUUCACGUGACCACAUCAGUUCAACCGUAAUCUAUUCAAUGCCUCAAAAGACAAUUCCCGAAAGUUUUUACUAACUUUUAGAAUUAAAAUGCCGAGACCAAAAAUUGAGCCAUACCUUAAUAUGCUUGGGUAAGGGAACAACUUUCCAUUCCAACUGAUAACGGCGUGGUAGUCGCCCGCUGAUCGUUAUUAAUCCACUCCCGAAAUACGGCUAAAUCAGGUACCCACAAAUUAUUGACAAAAAUUCUCCACUGCAUCAAGAAAGUAAUUUAGAUUCGAUUUAUAGACAAACACUAAAUAAAGAACAUUUUGCUCAAUAGCUUCCCACAACAAUGCAUUCUAUGCCAAACAUUGUGGUUCUUGAAGGGGAAUCAAGACACGAGUCGAGCGCCAAACAACAACAAGCAGCCAAGUUCGUGUCAGACAUGCUUGA